AUGACCCACGUUGUCUGCCAAGAAACUGAGUUGUGGGAUCACAGGGAUAUAAGGUUGGCGAAUGGGAAGAAUCCCUGCCAGGGCAGACUUGAAGUAUUCUUUAACGGGACAUGGGGCACGGUUUGCUCUGAUUCUUUUGUCAUGAAGAAUGCAGAAGUGGUUUGCACCCAACUCAACUGCGGCUCAGCGGCAUCUGUAAAGAACAUCGCGGCAUUUGGAGAGGGAUCUGGACCGAUCUGGCUCGAUGACGUGAAAUGUCGCUCAGACGACUCACUUUUAUGGCAAUGCCCAUCUUCACCUUGGGGCCAACAUAACUGCAACCACGGGGAGGACGUUGCGGUCAUUUGUUCAGAAUCACAUCCGUCGAAAAACCGAAUUGAGGGGAACAGGAAGGAAACGAUAAUCUACUCAGUUCCGGAAAUUUCUGAACUGCGGCUCGUGGCAGGGUUCGAUAAUUGUUCCGGAAGGGUUGAAGUGUUCUUCGGUGGGACGUGGGGAACGCUGUGCGACGAUUCCUGGGAUAGUCAGGAUGCUGCUGUCGUCUGUAAACAAUUAAAUUGUGGAUAUCCAGUCCUGGCUUCCGGUGGGAGGAUGUUUGCCCAAGGAAACGGCACUAUUUGGAUGGACGAGGUUAAAUGUAAAGGGAGUGAGUUCUUCCUGUGGGAUUGCCAAUUUUCUGCAAUGGGCCGUCAUGAUUGUGGAUAUAAAGAAGACGUUGGAGUGAUAUGUUCUGGUUAUCAGCCGCACGCUGCUCCUUUCAGUUAUCUGAGAGUCUUCAUUUACGUUACCCCUUGCAUUCUGGGUUCUCUUCUGGUCGUUAUGUCACUUUAUCUCGUCAAAGGGCUGCUGAGAGGUUUCCGGAAUGGCGUUAGAAAAUUGCAACCUUCUCUGACUGGGUUUCCUGAGCCGUUUUAUGAGGAGAUUGGCAUUCAGGAGUCUGGGGCAGUACUCGAUUCGCAAUCUCUCGGCUCAGAGAAUAAAUUGCAAUAUUAUGUGGAUAGUGACUUGCAUGAACACAAAAAUGAAAACGUGGAAGGAGCCUUUUCGCCCCCUGACGGUGAUUUCGGAGAAGAAUAUGACGAUGCUGAAUAA